AUGAAGGCGUCUACCAUCAGCCUCUCUGGACUCGGGGGUCAUCCUAUUGUCUGGUCAAUGGCGAGAGUGCAGCUCAACCUCGUGCCACGAGACCACACUACUUUGAUCACGCUGUCAGCCCUGUGUCUGAAACGCCUGGGGCUCUACACCCCUGCAACAUCUUUGGAUCCAUCAGUCCGGCAGUUUUGGGAAUCCAUUGACCUCGCAGAUCCCACCUUCGAUCAGCCGAGCGAGGUUAAACUUCUCCUCAGCGCUAACGUCUAUCCUCGUCUGCUGAAACCCGAGUCCAUGCAGCAUAAUGAAGCUGCCCUAGCCUGGCAUCAAGAACUUGUCUCCCUACUACAACGCUUUUGGGAGCUCGAAGACCUCCCACAGGCACGCCGUCAGGCGCCCGCUGACAUCGAAUGCGAGCGGACUUUCUCCGACAAUCGUUGCGACGAGGAUGGUUGCUACUUAGUAAGGCUUCCCUUGAAGCAGGACGCCCUCCAUCUCCUCGGUGACAGUCUACAGAGCGCCCGAGCAUCCUUGAGGUCCCUGCAAGCUCGCCUUCAUCGGAACCCAGAUAUGGCCAUCGAGUACUCUCGAUUCAUGGAUGAGUACGUCGCGCUGGGCCAUAUGAGGCCAUUGUCCGAUGCUCUGGUCUCCACGCCGACUCGUCCCGUGUACUACAUCCCGCACCAUGGCAUCUGGCAGCGUGGGGAUCGAGGAUCAAAGCUGCGCGUCGUCUUUAAUGCCUUGCACGCGAUAUCGAGUGGCUACAGUCUCAACGAUGUCCUGCACACCAGGCCGAGGCUCUAG